AUGGAGCAGCAGCAAGACGCGGCGCCGUCGUCGUCGGCGUCGCCCCCGCGCACGCCCAGGAAGCGCCGCCUCAGCGCCGACGCCAGCAGCGACAAGAAGCGCCGCGUGUCGUCCUCCCCGUCCCCCCCGCGCGACGCCACGCUGCGCAUCGUGACGCAGACGCUGCGGGACGAGAACCGGCAGCUGCAGCAGGAGCGCGAGGCGCUCGAGCAGGACAAGCGCGCGCUCGGCGAGCGGCUCGCACGCAGCCAGCGCAGCCUGCGCGACCUGGAGGAGGACGUGGCGCGCGUGUACCGCCAGAAGCAGCAGGAGCUGGAGGCGCAGCGGCGCGCGUUCGAGCAGAAGCUGCAGGCCCGGCCUACGCCUGCAGAAACACAGGCGUCCAAGGAGACCAGCAGCGCGGCGCUGCACUCGCAGCAGACUACGCAGGAGAUGGACCGGGAGAUCGAGAAGCUAAAGCCGCGGAAGGGUGAGCUUAAGAUCUUAUACGCCAAGUUCAGCUCGGCAAUGGACUCCGUGUCCGAGAAGACGAUGCGACUCGAGGAGCUCGCUCGGAAUAAGGAGCUGGAGCAGGAGCUUCAAAAACUAAGAAGCAGCGCGCGUGGUAUCGAGUCUCAGAACAAGAAGCUCGAAAAUCAAGUUGCAGAGCUUCAACAGCAAGUGGCCGAUCUGUCAGCGGUUCAGCGCCGCGACAAGUCCGUGAACGAGGAGCUCCUCAAGGUGCAGAAGCAGUGCGCGGAGCUCAGAGAGCUAGAGUCUCAGCAGAAGGAAUUGGCGAGCAAGAUGCAGUCUGAGCUCGCGGCUCUGAAGGCUCAGAAUGAGGCUUUGAAAGAGCAACAGGUCAAGAGGGAACACCAAAGUGUUGGGCAGCCGUCCAUUGAGGGAGACAAGAGCAGUCGUGACAGCAGCUCUUCGUAUGCAGUCCAAGUUGCGGAAAAGGAAGCGCUGCAAAUGUUUGUUCAGCGUUACUCUUCAGCCACCGAAGCUGAAUGCAACAAGCUGCUUGAGAAGGUCAGCGAAUUGCAGUCGGCGAAAACCUUGAUCCAGGAGCAGACCAAGGAGACGUGCACUGUACUCCGGAUGUGCACGCAAGUUGAUUCGUGUGACGAGUCUAUUCGUGCAUCGCUGCUUGAUGUUAUGGCUACGUUGGAGAGUUUGACGUGA